CAGGAUUUCCAGGGCAGAGGCUCGGUCUCUGCUUAUGAUAAUCUAGCCCGGGUUCCCCCACAGGUCAGAGCAGCGUAGGGCGGGGCCAAGGUUGACUCCUACUGGGAGGAGCCGGGAUGCCGCUCCCGCGGUGGUGAUGCAGAGAGGAAUUUGCUGACAGUCCCUUGCCAGGUGGAGCAGGCUUCACAAGGCCGCGAAAAAGGAGGAGGACCCGCCGGCUGUCUCCUCUCAGAGCUUUGAAGGAACCGCUUUUGUGGUCAGGAACUGGCGAGACACCACGGGGUCACCUGGAAGAACCUCUUCCCAGGGACUGAUCGAGAACAGGAAGGCCUUGGAACCUAGCCUUUCAGCCUGAGCUCUCAUCAACACCUGCCGCCCUAGAGUGGGAAGCCUUCCCUUAGUCUGAGACCUUCCACUAGACCGGGAGCCUGAGUGUGCCCAGGAUGUCUUCCUCUCCAGAGGACUUGAGCACAAAGCCCCACAACAUGACGGUGAACGAGUGUUUCCAGUCCCGGAGCACUGUCCUCCAGGGGCAGCCCUUUGGGGGGAUCCCCACUGUGCUCGUACUUAACCUCAUCUUAUGGGUGUUCGUUGUCCUGCUUUAUUCCUUCCUCCGGAAAGCCGCGUGGGACUACGGGCGCCUGGCUCUGCUGAUACACAAUGACAGCCUGACCUCGCUGAUCUACGGGGAACAAAGUGAGAAGUCGUCUCCCUCCGAGAUUUCCUUGGAAGUGGAACGUCGGGACAAGGGCUUCUGUUCCUGGUUCUUCAACAGCCUAACCAUGAAGGACCGGGACCUGAUCAGCAAGUGUGGCGAUGAUGCGCGCAUCUACAUCAUGUUCCAGUAUCACCUCAUCAUCUAUGUGCUCAUCCUCUGCAUCCCUUCCCUGGGCAUCAUUUUGCCUAUUAACUACAUUGGGACUGUUCUGGACUGGAAUAGCCACUUUGGCCGGACCACCAUUGUUAAUGUCUCCACAGAGAGUAAGCUCCUGUGGCUGCACAGUCUCUUUGCGUUCCUGUACUUCCUCAUCAACUUCGCCCUCAUGGGCCAUCACUGCUUGGGGUUUGUGCCCAAGAAGAACCUCAAGAUCACAAGGACACUGAUGAUCACCUACGUCCCCACUGAAAUCCAGGAUCCAGAGGUCAUCAGCAAACACUUCCAUGAGGCCUAUCCUGGGUGCGUGGUGACCAGAGUCCAUUUCUGCUAUGAUGUCAGGAACCUGAUUGACCUAGACGAUCAAAGGCGCCAUGCCAUGCGGGGCAGGCUGUACUACACGGCCAAGGCUAAGAAGACUGGGAAGGUGAUGAUCAAGAUUCACCCAUGCUCCCGUCUGUGUUUCUGCAAGUGCUGGACCUGCUUCAAGGAGGUAGAUGCGGAGCAGUACUACAGCGAGCUGGAGGAACAGCUGACCGACGAGUUCAAUGCGGAGCUCAAUCGUGUCCGGCUGAAGAGACUUGACUUGAUCUUUGUCACCUUCCAGGACGCCAAGACCGUGAGGCGCAUCCGUGAGGAUUACAAGUACGUCUGCUGUGGCAUGCACCCCAAGCAGUCCUCAGUAACGACUAUCGUUAAAAACUACCACUGGAGGGUUACUCAUGCCCCGCACCCCAAAGACAUCAUCUGGAAACACCUGUCCAUCCGCCGCUUCAACUGGUGGACUCGCUUUAUCGCAAUCAACACCUUCCUCUUCUUCCUCUUCUUCUUCCUCACCACGCCCGCCAUCAUCAUCAACACCAUCGAUAUGUACAACGUCACCCGCCCCAUUGAGAAUUUGCAGAGCCCUGUCGUGACCCAGUUCUUCCCCUCUGUCAUGCUCUGGGCCUUCACGGUGAUAAUGCCUCUGAUGGUCUACUUCUCUGCCUUCCUAGAGGCCCACUGGACCAGGUCAAGUCAGAAUAUCAUCAUCGUACACAAAUGCUACAUCUUCCUGGUGUUUAUGGUGGUCAUUCUGCCCUCCAUGGGGCUGACCAGUUUGGACGUGUUUUUGCGCUGGCUCUUUGAUAUCUACUAUCUUGAACAUGCGACCAUCAGGUUCCAGUGCGUGUUCCUCCCAGACAAUGGUGCAUUCUUUGUCAACUACGUGAUCACGGCUGCUCUGCUCGGCACAGGCAUGGAGCUGAUGCGCUUGGGGUCACUCUGCACGUAUUGUACCCGCCUCUUCUUUUCCAGAUCAGAGCCAGAGAGAGUCCACAUCAGAAAGAACCAGGCCAUGGAUUUCCAGUUUGGGCGAGAAUAUGCGUGGAUGCUGAACGUCUUCAGCGUGGUGAUGGCGUAUAGCAUCACUUGCCCUAUAAUUGUCCCUUUUGGGCUGCUGUAUUUGUGUAUGAAGCAUGUCACAGACCGCUAUAACAUGUACUACUCCUAUGCGCCCACCAAACUGAACGAGCAGAUCCACAUGGCCGCUGUCUACCAGGCCAUUUUCGCACCGCUUUUGGGGCUCUUCUGGAUGCUCUUCUUCUCCAUCCUGCGAGUAGGUCCACUGCACACCAUCACGUUCUUCUCCUUGUCGUCCCUCAUCAUCUCCGUGAUAAUUGCCUUCUCUGGGAUCUUUCUGGGGAAGCUCCGGGUUGUCCGUGAGUAUGAGCCUGAGGAAGAAGCGGAGACUGUGUUUGAUGUGGAGCCAAGCAGCACGACCUCCACACCCACCUCCCUUGUCCAAAUGCUUCCGUGGCCCUGGCUGAAGAGUGGGGUGAGAAGAACCAGCUCUAGCUCAACAGUCAAUAGAAGCCACCCAGAGAGGAGAGAGCCAGAGAUGAUGUACUCGAACAGGGAGGCCCAGCUCUCAGAAUCCUCAACCGCGUAGAUGCAGGGGCAUGCUGGGGCUCAGCCUCAGGACCCAGGCUGCCUCCAGGGCACAGGCGUUGGCCAGAGCGGUGCAGACAGAGCUGCAAGGAGCUAUUGAUGGACCCAGUGAAUGGUAAGGCAGGGGCAGCACCCGACUGAUGAGCCCACCAGCCUGCCAAGAGCCGAGGCUGGACCCAGAGUCUGUGACCAGUGGACUGGGCAGAGGUGCCCAUGCCCUUUGGCUUGCCUGGAUGGCAGGAGCCCUCGCCCUCAUCCCUACCACAUGUGUUUAUGCAAUCAUCUGUGCACGUAUGAUGCUGGGCAUAGGCUCCUUCAUACGUGUUAGGCAUCUCCAGCAAGCACUGAAGAAGGGUGCCAGCAGUGGGGGCACUUGGGAGAAGCUUCCCCGAGAAGGGACCAUGUCAUGCAACUGGCGGAAUGGGAGGAAAGGUUGCCAGGUGAAGCAGGGUGUGGGAAGAGCGUUGGAGGAAGAGGAAGAGCCUGGGCAAAAGCCAGAAGAGAUGAUCUGGAGUCCGUGAGGAAAACAGAAGACAGUGUUCAACAUGGAUAUACAGAACAUGCCUGUGGGCAGGGCCCACAAAGUCCAGAGGCCUUUUUUUUUUUCCCAGUGGUGUCAGAGUUGGGUCAAAGUUCAUCAACAUAGGCAGACCCACAUGGCCAUGCGCACAGACACAGAUGUGUCAGAACCCUGGUUGGCCUGACUUGAAAGGAAAAAAAAAUCAAAAACAAACCUUCCAGCCAAUGACAAACUGUCUCUUGAGGGGAGGCAAUGAAGAGACCAAGAACCAACCGGGGACAACUUUCUCUGACCAAUAGGAGCUCUCUUGCUGUUAGCAGGGGAAAUAUAAAGAGCUCGAAGCUUGUUCUUUUCUCCUGGAUUAAUAAACUCCCAUGGUCAGGGAUUUUAAUCCCCCAAACUUAAUUAAUCAUUACCAUUUUACUGGGUGGGAGAUUGAGCACACGGCCAAUGUUAGGUCAGUCCCACCCCGCAAGAUCUACUAAUUUAGACCCCAGCGUGCUGAGCAAGGAUGUGGCCAGACAGGGUUUAAACAAAGUCCAGAUAACUAUAAAAUCUGUGCUUUAAAAAAAUAUAAUGAAUAGAACUUACUAUUUAUGCAUGUAUUUAUUUUUCGAGACAGGGUUUCCAUGUGGGCCGCCUGGCCUCGAACUUCAGGCACGAGUGAUUCUCCCGCUUCAGCUUCCAGAGUAGCAGGGCCUACACAGGCGCGAGGUGCUGUGCCUGGCUUAAGCCAUUAAAAACCCUAUACGUUUACGACAGUGGUAUAAGAACAUGGUAGGCAACGGUGGGAAUGAAAAACAGAAGAGCAAGAAUAAGGAAAUAAAAGUUCACAUUCCCACCACCCAGGGAUGGUCACUGAGACACUGGUGUACAUUCUUUUUUUUUUUUUUUUUUUUUUUUUUUGGUUUUUCGAGACAGGGUUUCUCUGUGGUUUUGGAGCCUGUCCUGGAACUAGCUCUGUAGACCAGGCUGGUCUCGAACUCACAGAGAUCCGCCUGCCUCUGCCUCCCGAGUGCUGGGAUUAAAGGCGUGCGCCACCAUCGCCCGGCUACUGGUGUACAUUCUUGAGCUAACUAUGGAUGCGUACAUCUCUUCCAAGUAUCUUAUGCUUCUGUGGAAUUCUACAUGUCUAUAUGGGUUUCUGCUAAAUACUGUGCAUGCAGUUUUAUAACCUGUGUAACUGUCAGUCUGUUGCCACAUAGAUGAAUUUUGACCUCUUUGCCUACCCAUAUUCAAAUAGCUCUUAUUACCCAUCUUUUUAAAUAACUGGCUCAAACCCAGAACCAGUUGAGUAUCUAUGCUAGAUUGGGACUUGAGAAGAUCAAACCACUCCAGCAGGAUGCCCCCACCUUCUGGAUUUCUCUGACUCAUCUUCCUGAUAUCUUCCAGCAGGUUCCUCUCCCUUCCCCACUCCCUGAAAGCUGGAGGCUUGAAAGGCUCACGUCCAAUGCAGGGGCUAGAAUGUAUUACUAGAAGUGCCUUCACCUUGGAGACCUGUAACAUCCCGUUCAUUCUGUUAGUGCUGAUGAGACAGACUACUGGGUGUGACGCCAGGCUUUCCCACUGUUCAGCUACCAUUUUCUUUUUCGUGGUCAAAAUGCCUAUGGUGUGUGCUUUGGCAAUAUGUAUGUGUCUAGCUAUUUCACGGGAUUGUUCCCUCAUCAACUGGGGCUGGGUGUUUAUACUGGAGGAUGCAAGGGUUCUUUCUCUCCUGUAAUUACUUACUUUCAAAGUAGGGAGUAGAUUGAAAACCACUGCAAGCAUUGACAGGUUGCCCUUUCCCCUGGCACUUCCUGUGUCUCUAAUCUGCCCCCUUCCCCGCAUUCCUGACACCAGCUGUCAGUGUGACAGGAUGCAGCUAACACUCUGUUUCUAAUCUGUGAAUACAAUGUAGCAAAACAUACUAGCUGAUAGAUGAAGGUCUCUCCAGGGGGACACGAGGCCAUCUCCCCCGAGAUUCAGCCUGAGUGGGAACAGAUAAUGUGUGGAACGGAUGUAGAUGAGGCGUAAGAAAGCCUGCCACUGAACUAACCCUGGCCACUCCAAGGUAGUGAACAAGCUUCAUCCCUAGGAGCUCACUGAAUGACAAGAAGCAAGGCAGAGGAAAUCAAGGCUGUGGGUAGUGGGGCAGAGAGGGCCCAGGGCUUGGAAGGGCAGAGGUGAUGGGGUGGGUUUGAGGAGAGAGGGUAUACUCUAGACCUUGCUCCCAAUAUGACCUUGCCUCAUCUUCCCCUCUCUGUCCCGAGCAGCUGUACGUGGCCACUGUGCUACAGGAGCCGGAGUUGAACCUGACCCCCGCCUCCUCCCCAGCCCGGCACACCUAUGGCACCAUGAACAGCCAGCCAGAAGAGGGAGAAGAAGAGAGCGGUCUGAGGGCCUUUGCGAGGGA